GAGGCUUUUAUUUUUCAUGGUCGUGCGGCUGUCUUUUGUCGCUGCCUUCACAAAUGAAGUCGUGACUCUGCUUAAGGAAGUUAAUUUUGUGUUAAAACCAACUAUAUUCUACUGGAUUAAACUCUCAUACAGGUUUGGGGAAAAUAAAGCACAUGUUAGAAACAGCAGGACUUCUACGUCCUCUUUGUUCGACGCUGUGAGAUAGAAGCAAACAGCGGCACUUCCUAAGCAGUCCGACUCUCUCAUUGUGCGUCACGGCGCUGAAAAGCAGCUCCGCGGUGACUCCGGUGUUUUGUGCGGGUUUGAAGCAUGUCUUUUCGGAGGGCGCUAAGUCUCGCAUGCGGGUUCGCUGGCGGAUCCGCGGUACUCGUGUGUGCGGCGGUGGUGGCUGAUAAAAAUGGGUAUUUUGGAGAGGGACGCCGAGUCACAGAAACUCUGGCAGCCGUAAACGCAGCGCAUCCUCCGGCAUGGCCCACUGCGAACGGGUGGGAUUAUAACUGGGACAAACGUGAACCUUCUUCUAUGGUGAAUGGAAAGAGAAAGGAAAGCACUGGCGAAAAUGGAAGUCAAGACGCAGAGAACAACAAACCCAGAGCUACACGCCACAUCUUUCUCAUUCGACACUCUCAGUACAACCUCAAGGGUGAUGGAGAUAAAGAGAGAUUCCUGACGCCUUUAGGUCGUGAACAGGCUGAAUUUACAGGACAGAGAUUAGCAUCAUUUGGACUGAAGUACGACACGCUCAUUCACUCCUCCAUGACCAGAGCGACAGAGACGGCCAACAUCAUCAGCAAAUACCUGCCAGGUGUGGAGCUUGUGAGCUGUGAUUUACUUCGAGAGGGGGCACCGAUAGAGCCUGUCCCACCAGUCACUCACUGGAAACCUGAGGCAGUGCAGUACCAUGAGGACGGCGCUCGGAUCGAGGCUGCGUUUCGCCGCUACAUCCACCGAGCUGACGCCAAGCAGAAGGAGGACAGCUACGAGAUUAUCGUCUGUCAUGCUAAUGUCAUCCGCUAUUUUGUGUGCAGGGCUCUGCAGUUUCCUCCAGAAGGCUGGCUGAGGUUGGGCCUGAACAACGGCAGCAUCACCUGGCUGACGGUCCGUCCCAGCGGUCGAGUGUCUCUGAGAGCACUGGGAGACUCCGGCUUCAUGCCUCCAGAUAAACUCACCAGAACCUGACCUUCUCCAGCAGGACCAGCACAGCCUCUUCACAACUAAACGAUCACAGAUAUGUUGAGUGGAUGAUAGAGUUGCAAAGUGUCAAAACAUCUCCAUAAAUGCUCAGCUAAUAAUUUACUGAAAUACAAACAUGCCAUUUAAAUUCACCAAAUAGUUUUUCUAAACCACGUUCCUGGAAAAGCACCAACACUGCAUGUUUUAGAUGUCUCCUUUGUCUGUCACACCUAUUACAGGUCUUUCAGUCUCUGCUAAUGAGCUGAUGAUCUGAAUCAGGUGUGUUUGGUUAAGGAGACAUGAAAAAUGUGCAAUGCUUGUGACCCUCCAGGAAUGUGGUUGAGAAACACUGAACUAGUUGGUUAAAGAAAUUCCUUGCCCAAAGAUUAGAACAUACUUGCCUUCAGAUGGAUGCUUGUUUAAAGAAGUUGCUAACCAGUAGCCAUUGACAUCCACGGAAAGAAAAAUAUGUUGUGUUCAGGCUAAAGAAACUCAAACCGGUUGGGAACAACUGAAUAAAUCAUAACAGAACCAUUCUUAAUCAUACAAAGCUGCAAUUAAAGGGAGAGUUCACCCCAAAAUGUCAUCAUUUAUUCAGUUGUUUAAACUUUUAUUUUCUUUCUUCUGUAGAAAAUAUACUGAAAAAUGUGGGGAAAAACAGCCAUUAACUUCUUUUUUUGUUUCUACUUUGGCAGUUUUUUCCAACAUUUUUCAAAUUAUCUUGUUUUGUGCUCAACAGAAGCAAGGAAAUAAAGGUUUAUAAUCACUUUUGAGUGCGAGGAAAGUUUUAUUCUUACGUGAAUUAUCACUUUAAGGACUUUCUUUGCAACUAUAUCAUCUGUUAAGAGUGGUGAUCGGUUCUCCAUAAGUGUCUUGAGUGAAAUUUGUACUUUUUUAAGGAUUAUUAUUAUUUGUUGUUGUUGAAUUAGACACUUCUGUGCCAUGCUUUGAUCUAUAACCAUAACUGAACGGUGGAAACAACCAGCAAGUGUACUUUUUAUUCUGUUUAGAAGAUGUCUUUUUUUCAGGACGCAAUCUCUGGAGGCCUUGUCGAGAUGUUUGGCGUGUGUGUUUGCACUGUUUACAGGGAGUUGUGUGUUUAUGAUUGUUUUUAGAGGCAAGAUGUGUGUUUGAUUAAAAAAUAAGAAUAAAUGUGAGAUUCUUGCCAUAUGGAGGUUGAGAAAGAUAGUAUUAAUAUUUGUAUGUUGUUUUUUGUGCACAAGAAAACUGGCAGUAAAACGUUUUCAUUUGAGAUGUUCA